AUGAUUUGCAAAGUGGACAUCGUCCUUUGGUAUCGUGACCUAUUUAAAUCCCACAAGGACAUUGAUGAUGGUAAGAUGUUUGAUGCAUACGUCAUCUAUCCAAGAUAUGUGAAUGAAGGAUCUCUUGAUAACUGUAAUGCAAACCACUUUGCUCUCCACACUUUGCCACAGACCCUUGAGGAAAAGUAUGGCUACAAACUGUUCAUUUCUGGCAGAGAUGACCUUCCUGGUCAGGCCGAGGUUGAAGUUAUUGAAGCAAACAUAAGGAACAGCAGAAGGUUGAUAAUCAUUUUGGCUCAGAAGCCUUUGACUAAUGACCAAGCAUACUGUGGAUUUGAACAGCAGAUUGGAUUAUAUAAGGCUUUAAUCCAGAAUGAAAUAAAAGUCAUUCUAAUUGAAUUGGAGAAAGGUGAUUACUUGAAUCACUUUCCAGAAUCCAUAAGACACAUCAUUCAAAGAUAUGGUACUAUUAAAUGGAAACCAGAUAGAAGAAGCAAACUGGAUAGCUCUUAUUCAAGAUUUUGGAAGCAAGUGAGGUACAAAAUGCCAUUGAGAAGCAAGUCUUCUAUGUCUGCUGUGUACAAUUCACAAAUAAAAUUCAAGCUGAGUGACAGGCAAUUACUCGGAAAAGAACAAACUUGAACCUCUCCUCGUUGACCUAAUGUACUUCUGCCAAGCUGGAAAAGAGAUAUUGGCAUUACAUAGC